AUGUCGUCCAAGAAGCCCUCCGGCAAGACUCAGCGCUCCGCCAUCGCGGAUGUCGUCGCCCGCGAGUACACCAUCCACAUGCACAAGCGACUCCAUGGUGUCACCUUCAAGAAGAGGGCUCCCCGUGCUAUUAAGGAGAUCAAGGCCUUUGCCACCAAGUCCAUGGGUACCUCCGACGUCCGCAUCGACCCCCAGCUCAACAAGAAGGUCUGGGAGCAGGGUAUCAAGGGUGUUGACUACCGACUCCGAGUGCGAAUUUCCCGACGACGAAACGACGAGGAGGGUGCCAAGGAGAAGCUGUACAGCUACGUCCAGGCUGUGAACGUCAAGAACCCUAAGGGUCUUGCCACAGUCGUUGUUGAGGAAUAA